UUUAUUACUGUGAGAUGCUCCCCACCAUCUCCAAUUCUUUUGCUGGUCACCAUGGCUCAUCAGACAGAGAACAAUGUAGUAGGAUGGACGCCAGUCCCUCAAUUUGGAGCGUGGGAUCAGAAAAAUGCAGGAGCCACCGAUUAUUCAAUGAUAUUCAAUCAAGCUCGUGCCAACAGGAAGCAGCAUAAGUCUGAUGUUAGGCGUAGCCUUGGCAAUGACCGUGAUCUCGUUGUUUCUUCUUUUCCUAAGCGCCCUCCAGACGACCAUUAUCCAGUCUCCAAGAAAAAGAAGAUUUUGACCUACAUUAACUGCUGUAUCAAACCUUGAUUUGGCUCCGCCCCUCUAAUCUCACUUGAUAUGUACAUUUAUAGGCAUCUUCCGGUGGGGAACAAAGCAUAUAUAGGGCUUCUUUAACCAUGAUUUUCCAUGUACAUAUAUCUUCUUUAGCAUGCAGUGUUGUACAGAGCGCAAGGCUAAAAAAAGAUGCCUGCCCAAAUGAUGUAAAGGUACAACAUCUGUAUAUAUAUAUAUAUAUAUGCACGUUUUUGUAUGUAUGUAAUAUAAUAUACACAUAGAAUGAAGUAUAUAAUUAUGAUUGUAUGUCACUUGAUUUCAUGCUAAGUUGCGAGGAUAUUCAAAGCAUUCCAUUGUUGACUGAUAAUGUUAAACACAAGAAUAAGCAUUAACCAUCAACACAAGGAAAAUGGAAUGGAUCAAUAGCAUAGCUAAGGCUGGUUGUGAUAAAAGCUUCUUUGCAGCCAAAAAGCCAACUCAAGAAGCUGCUAGGCUUCUUCUUGAACAAGUUUUCCUCGUAGAAAUACUAGAGAUUGAAAGCAUCCCAAGUAACAGUUGGGAAAC